GAAGAGAAGAAGAUUUGUCAAAGAUAUAAGAGCAUGGUAGAAGGGGUCAAGAUUAGAAGAACCCGCGAUGGCCAACCUCUUCCUUGCCAACUUGCCGUCAAAAGGUCUGAUGGUGAAUCUCCCAGAAAUCGGUUCCAAUCUCAGGUUGCACAACAUGUGCGAAAACCAUGUCCAGACAAAUGAUGCAAGCAAUGCCGAAGUGCAAAUCAUCACAACUGACAAAACCAACAUUCUCGCUAGAAGCCUACAACUUCGAAGACUAAGACACUUCUCAACAAGCCCUGAACUAAAUUCGAGAUCAAACUCUAAACAGAAGCGAAGGAGGGAAUCGGUCAACUCUUGUAGCAAACGCAGACUCGUCUUGUCGUCUCCCACACUGCGUGAAAGCAGGAUAAGCUCUUACUUCAGGCGUGAUGACGGUCUCGAGGAUCAACCGUCCGAAGCGAAGAUGGGAUCUUCGAAAGGAAAUGCAAACUCAGCGAGGAAGAGAGGUCGAAAGCUCUUUCAAAGUACACGCUCAGCAGAUGCCAAUGAUGAAGAGGCCGGGCAAAAAGCAAGUCUGGAACAGGAUCGAUGAGUGUCUACGCUAAUCAGCUGUUCCUAUGUUCCUUGUGUACAUAUUUACUUGUUUGCGCCGUCAUAAAUUGUUCUCAUCGGAGUC